GAAAGUCUCAUAUAUUCCUGGGAGCCAUAGGACCCUGAGUUGAUUGAAAGACUGGUUGAAAGAUCCAAACAAGCAAAAAGAAGCCUUCCUGCCGAUAAAGAAGCACCAAAACGCACACCCACCCUUGCACCCAUUAUAUAUAGCAAACAAUUACCUCUUUGACUAACACUCUGCAUGCCUUGUCUAAUAACGGGCCUUCGUCUGUCCUUUCUGAAGACAAAAAAUCUAAAGGAAUGUUCGAAGUGAAAAUCUCGCUAUUUCACUACAAUGACAAUGACGACCAAUAUUCAUUCAAUCUUGUUUGUACAGCAGCCAUCUACUGUAGCGAGUUGACUAUGUUUAUUUACUACGGUAAGGGGGCAAGACUAAACAAUCUUUUUUCAUCUUUUAAGGCUUCGACUUCCCCGACUUUGCAACAACUUCUUUUACAUCAUCUUCUUGAUAGCUUCUAUGAACAGAAAGAACUGCAAAGAUUCUGUUACUCUUUCGUUCAAACCUCCAUUGAACAUCCUCUUACUUGGACGAAUAAUAGUGCCAUCUCUUACCCUGCUCUUCGAUCUUUCAACAUCAAGAUGUCUGGUCAGGAGAGCAAUCCUCUCAAGACUCAGGCAGAGGGCAACGGUGAAAAAUUAUCACCCACGAUUCCGUACUAUCCUAAUGCUCUGCCUCAGAACGGGCUUUCAGGCUACAGCACGCAAAACACACGAAGCGCAGCUGUUCCUCCUCCUAGAUCUGGUCUAACACCCACAAUUGUUCACACACCAGACCGAAAUAGUGGGUAUAUUGGUAGAUAUCCCUACAAUAGAGAGACGGCAACUUCUCUACAGUAUGGAUAUGAUCAUCCACCUAUUCUAUCGCGCUUUCAACAAUACAAAGGCAAUUAUACAAGCCCUUUGAAACACAACCAAGGCACAAAUACUCCUCAACACAACGUAUUUGUGGGAGUACACAGUCCUAUGAAUCCACUUGCCACUAUGCCACAAGCAAGUAACAAUAACCUAGGUCGUGCACUUAAUCCAGCUGCGCAAGGGUAUACAAGUUACAGCAAUCCCACACCGCAGGCUUAUAACGCUCCACAAAGGUACAUGCCGUUCAAUAAUGGCUUCCAAACACCUGUAGCAGGUACUGUUAGACAGCAAGCAGCACCGCAAUACAACAGUCCUUUGCGUGAAGCCACACAAGUUGCACUAAAUCACUCUGGAGGAGCUUUUAUGCAGCUACAUAGCCCAUAUCUAUCAGCUCCUCUAGUCGAUAAUAUGUCGGGUCAGAACUUCAAACAAUCCCAAGUUCUGCGUACCCCGCAAUGGAAAGCCAACAGCUCUCCAUUACCACGAUCAACACCAGCAGGCAUUUCCAACAGUAGUGGCAGUCCCACUCCCGGAAACGAUGAUGUUGGUAUCAAACGAAAACCAGCAAUGGUACCCAAGAAGUACCCUCUGCGUCCCGAGCAUCUGAUGCCAGGAUGCAUUGUCUGGUUAUCGAACUACCAGGACGGACACGAACCAAUUAUCUGUGUCCAGAACCAUGAGUGCAAUGACAAGGUCAAGGAAAAGGAUGGUCGCAAUCAUCCAGUAAUGAUCUUGAGAAUCAACCAACGUCGUGGUUCUGACGUCAUUGGAGAUGUUAUACUUGACGUCGCACUGAUGACAACUCUCAGUGGUCUGACCCUAGAAAAGUACGUCCAAAAGCUGCGUACGAUCGGCCCAGAUCCUUCGAAGCAAUGGUAUCUUCAAGAGACCAUGCCAAUGUCUUGGGCUCCGCAAGAAACACCACAGCUCAAAGGAUCAAAACUCGAGGCUCUGAGAAAGCCCGAACGGGACCAAGAGUCGCAAUAUCAUGCUGAGUUGAACCAGCGUGGAAACACCUUGCUGUUUCUAUCUCGAGGAAGCAUGCAGAGACGGUCGUACAUGCGUGUACAUCACAUCUACGCCGUUCCUAUCAAGCAACUCCAAGCUUGCAGUCGCUAUGCAAAGCUUGCCCACAUGGUCCGCUUGGACGAAUGUGGAUACCGGAGAGUGAUGGAAGUCUUGGGUCUGGUACCCGAGCCUUGGGAAUCCAGCGUAGACAGAAGCGUCGCGUCUGCUCCGCAGCGCCUUAGAAACCUUCGAGACGAGGAAAUGGCUCAAUUUCAUGCUAUUAAAUUGGCUGAAAGCCAAUCUCGUCAAGAUGAAGCUGUCGUGCAGCAAGGUCUCAACGUCGCACAGCAAAGCCCAUUGGGUAAUGCCUCUGACGCCGAGGCCGAGAGUCGCGAGUCCUGUUAAGGUACUCGUGGCUCAAAUACUUGGAUUCAUGAAGUUCUUUUGCACUCCACUUGGUCACACUUGUGGAACCCAAAGAACAACUUUUGCAUUAAAUACGUUACUUGUACGCA